CGUUUGGAUGAAAUAAGUAAAAUGUGGUUAUAAACUUAUAAUUAUAUCUUAUAUACUAUAUAUAUAGGUAGUUCAUAAUCAUUAUAAGACUACAUCAUUACUGUACAGCGUACGUUUAUACAUAUAAUUUUAAAGGUUGCUACUUGCUAUUCCUUGUUUUCAAAAAAAUCUUUCAUACAAUUUUCGAUUUACUAGUUCUGUGUAAUAUAGUUGUUUUACAACAUUAAUUAUGUCAGCUUUGAACAAUUCUAGUACUAGUACUGAUCUAAAUGAUUCAAAUAAAGACAAAUCGAAAACGCCAAGGUCUAAAGACAUGCAUUUACCUAUAUCAAGAGUACGUACCAUCAUGAAGAGUACACCAGAUAUUGAAAAUAUAGGAUUACCGUCAUUGCAUGUCGUCACUAAAGCAACGGAGUUAUUUAUACAAAAACUGGCACAGGAUGCACUUAAAGGACAAAGACACUACAGACAUUUAGAAUAUAAUGAUCUUGCCAGAGCUGUUGAAGAAAAUGAAAAUAUGUAUUUCCUAAGAGAGGUUUUACCUAAAAAGAUUACCAUGGCUGAAUACUAUAAAUUGGUUGGUAAAGAAUCCUCAGAAGAUGGCGAUGACAAUGAUAACAGUUCUCAAACAUCACAUUCUUCAUCGUCUUCAGUAUCAUCAGAUUAAUUAUUUAUAUUCCUUAACAGUUAACUAUUAAUAUGUGUAGUUACAUUGGUUUUUUUUCAUUUUUUUAUUUAUAAAUUAUUGUAUAAAUAUUUUAAUAUUAAAGUACUCAUUUUUAAGUUA